AUGAGCUCGGACAACUCUGCUGUAUCUUUUACACAGUCUGUGUCCAAGUCUACCCCACCAAGUCGCGAAGAGGCCCUGUCUUACGCACACCGCUAUGAUGGUGAGUCUGUUGUGGCCGCGCUAGAGUCCCAUUCUGAGAAUGGUCUCAGUGCCUCUGAAGCCAAGUCUCGCCACCAGCAGUAUGGCAGCAAUGAACUCCAAAGCAGCGAGGGCGUUAGCGCCCUGCGCAUCCUAAUCAACCAGGUGGCCAACGCCAUGACCCUCGUGCUAAUCAUUGCUAUGGUCGUAUCGCUGGCCAUCCAGUCAUGGAUUGAGGGUGGUGUAAUUGCUGGCGUCGUCGCUAUCAAUGUCUUUGUCGGCUUUUUCCAGGAGUAUUCGGCAGAGAAAACGAUGAACUCGCUCCGCUCCCUGGCGUCGCCCACUGCUCACGUUAUGCGCGAUGGACAGCUGAUGACCAUCCCUGCUCCUGAAGUGGUUCCUGGAGACAUUAUGUCACUUAAUGUGGGCGACACUGUCCCGGCCGAUGGCCGCAUUCUUGACGCUACGAACUUUGAGACCGACGAGGCUCUGCUGACCGGCGAGUCAAUGCCGGUCGCCAAAGACCCAAGCCAAUGCUUCCCGCCUACCGACCCAGACCAGACGGAAGUCGGCGUCGGUGACCGUCUUAACAUGGUGUACGCUUCCUCAUCCGUAAGCAAGGGCCGUGCUUCAGUGAUUGUGACAAGCACUGGUAUGCACACCGAGAUUGGCAAAAUUGCCGAUGCACUGCAAGGCGCAUCAAAGCGCAACAAGAUCCGCGAGGUCAAGCGUAAUGCUUACGGGAAAAAGCGCCCUCACCACUAUAUCGAGGCCGGUACACUCACUAUCAUGGACCACAUCCUCCUAUUCCUCGGUAUCAAUCAAGGCACGCCGCUGCAAAUUAUGUUGUCCAAGCUUGCCGUGUUGCUUUUUAUUAUUGCUGUGAUUUUUGCUAUCAUUGUAUUUGCUUCCAACAACUGGUCUGACAAGGAGGUCAUCAUCUACGCGGUGGCCACGGGUGUCUCGAUGAUUCCUGCGUCCCUGACGGCUGUGCUGACCAUUACCAUGUCGAUGGGCAGCCGCGCUAUGGUCCAACGCAAUGUGAUUGUGCGCAAGCUUGAAUCCCUCGAAGCGCUUGGAUCUAUUACUGAUAUCUGCUCGGACAAGACGGGAACACUGACGCAGGGCAAGAUGGUCGUGCGAAAGGCAUGGCUUCCUGCCUUGGGACAGCUGCUCGUGUCGGAAAGUAACGAGCCUUUCAACCCGAAUAUCGCGUCCGUAUCACUCCAUGAGACAGCCCCUCAUGGGGAGAGCGAAGACGUGGAAGGUCGCCUCGUCGCUUCGCAGGGCGACGCACAAGUUGAUUUGGAGGAUAGCCUGCUCAAGCCACUCAAAGAUUUUGUGACGGUCGCCUCGAUCUGCAAUUUGGCACAGGUAUUCUAUGACGAAGAACAAAGUACUUGGGUAGCCCAUGGCGACCCGACAGAGUGCGCACUACAGACUCUUGCGUGCCGCUUUAACAUGGCAAGUCGCAAGCUUAUGACCAGCUCAAGCGACAACGAGAGCGGCGAGUGGCGUACUAUCGGCGAAUACCCCUUCGACAGCAGUCUCAAGCGCAUGGCCGUUACUUUCACACAUCUUCCGACCAACACGCACCGCGCCAUGAUGAAGGGAGCCGUCGAGCACGUCUUGAACGCAUGCAAGAAUGUGCAAAAGGAAAACGGUACACAGCCCCUAGACGAAAAGGCCAAGGCGAAUAUCCUGUUGAACAUGGAGGCACUUGCUGAGCAGGGUCUACGUGUCCUUGCGCUGGCGCACCGCGCCGUGUCGGACAGCGAAGCGGCACAGGGCGAGUCUCUGGAGCGUGCAAAGGUUGAAUCGGAUAUGACCUUCCUGGGCCUAGCUGGUAUCUACGACCCGCCGCGCCCCGAGUCGCGCAGCGCAGUGCGUGCUUGCCACGAGGCGAGUAUUGAGGUCCACAUGCUGACGGGCGACCACCCCGGCACUGCGCGUGCUAUUGCUGAGCAAGUCGAGAUUCUCCCUCCGUAUAAGGAACUGGCAUGCAAAUACAGCAAAGACGUAAUCGAGGGCCUUGUAAUGACGGCUGCUCAGUUUGAUCGCUUGUCGGACGAUGAAAUCGAUGCACUGCCGGUACUCCCGCUCGUAAUUGCGCGGUGCGCGCCGCAGACAAAAGUGCGCAUGAUUGAGGCGCUUCACCGUCGUCACCGCUUUUGUGCCAUGACAGGAGAUGGUGUCAACGAUUCGCCGUCGCUCAAGCUCGCUGACGUUGGUAUUGCAAUGGGCAUGGCCGGAUCGGACGUUGCCAAGGACGCAUCCGACAUGGUGCUGACCGAUGACAACUUUUCCUCAAUUGAGAGUGCCAUCGAGGAAGGUCGCCGCAUGUUUGCUAACAUCCGCAAAUUUGUGCUGCAUCUUUUAGCGCAAAAUGUGGCUCAGGCGUGCGUAUUGCUCAUUGGUCUGGCGUUCAAGGAUGACUCGAGCAUCUCUGUGUUUCCCCUCAGCCCGGUCGAGAUCCUGUAUGUGAUUAUGGUAACCAGCGGUUUCCCAGCCAUGGGUCUUGGUAUGGAGGCAGCACCUCAUGAUAUUAUGAAGCAGCGUCCUAACAUCUCACGCUUUGGCGUUUUCAACCUCGAGAUGAUAGUGGAUCUGCUGUUUUAUGGUCUGCUUAUGGCCGCCCUGUGCCUGGCCACAUUCUCGCUCGUGGUGUUCGCGUGGGGCCCGGCUGAUCUCGGCAUGAACUGCAACAACGACUUUAACGACUCUUGCGAUGCCGUCUUCCGUGCGCGAGGUGCCACAUUCGUUGUUAUUACCUGGUUCUCGCUGUUUCUGGCGUGGGAGGUGACGAACAUGCGCCGCUCGUUCUUCGCCAUGGGUAAGGACGCCCACUGGUACAACCAAUGGCUCGUCGACACGUGGAAGAACAAGUUCCUCUUCGCCUGUGUCGUGCUCGGCUUUCUGAGUGUGUUUCCCCUAUUGUAUAUCCCUGGUCUCAACCACAUUGUCUUCCUCCACAAACCCCCGAUUGGCUGGGAGUGGGGCCUCAUUUUUGUCGGCACCGGCCUCUUCUUCCUGGGCGUCGAACUAUGGAAGGCAGGGAAGCGCGCUGUCUUGGUCCGUUUGGAGCGCAAACGUCAAGACAGCGAGUUGGAUCUGCACCAGGACAAGAGCGUCUCUGAGAAGGUAGUUGAUGAUGUAUAA